AUGUCAAACAAUCAAACUUCACUUGAUCCGUCGGAUUACUGUACACUCGAUAUCUGUCCGAUUGAUUUAGCCUACAUCUACUAUGUGCCGAGUCUCGCCGGAAACGCAUUUUAUGCGGGCAUCUUUGGAUUUUUCCUCCUGUCACAGUGCAUUCUAGGCAUCCGCUUCCGUACCUGGGGCUAUCUCGCUGGCUUGUUAGGUGGCCUUGUUCUUGAGGUUAUUGGUUAUAUCGGGCGUAUCCAAUUGCAUAAUAACCCAUUCAAGUUCACCCCGUAUCUCGAAUACCUGAUAUGUCUCACAAUUGCCCCGGCCUUUUUCAGUGCCUCUAUUUAUAUCUGUCUGGGACGAAUUGUCAUCAUCUAUGGAGAACAGGUCUCGCGACUACGGCCACGAACGUACACCAUAGUUUUCGUGUCUUGCGAUCUGCUGUCUCUUAUUCUGCAAGCCGCUGGAGGAGCAAUAACGUCUAUUGCUGAUGCCGACCAACAAGAUCUUGCUCAGACCGGUGUCAAUAUCAUGAUUGCCGGGCUGGCAAGCCAGGUUGCAUCCCUUGUCCUCUUUAUGGUUCUCUGCCUUGAUUUCGCCUGGAGAGUGAAAAAGAGCCCGAUGAGUCUCAACGAUGGGACCCGGGAUUUGAGAAACCAAUUACGCUGGAAAUUAUUUCUAGGUGGACUGGCUCUUGCAACAAUCACUAUUUUCGUCCGAUCGGUAUUCCGAAUGAUAGAGCUAAACGGUGGUUUCCACAGCGCUCUGGCCAAUAAUGAAGUCGAUUUCAUGGUUCUGGAAGGUGCAAUGAUAGUAAUUGCUGUUCUUUGCUUGACUGCCCUACACCCUGGCGUGUGUUUCGAUGGCAUGUGGGACCAGACAAAGUGGUCAUUUAAGGGGACUAAGAACAAAAACGCCGACAACAACAACAACACAAUGAUGAGCCUCGCAAACCUAAACAACAAGGAUGGAAACAUGUCCCGCGACAGUCAAUUUACGCGGGAUAGUCGGUUUACUUAA